AACAACAACAACAACAAAAACUACAACUACAACCACUUCGACUACUUCAACUACAUCAACUUCGACGUCAACUUCAACUUCCACGACCUCAACAACAACCACAGCUACAACUACAACAACAACUACGGAUACAACAACAACAACAACCACAACUACAACUACGACCACAACCACAACUACAACUACAACAUCAACCACAACUACAACUACAACAUCAACCACCACUACAACUACGACAUCAACCACAACUACAACUACAACGACAACCACAACUACAACUUCAACAACGUCCACGACUACAACUACAACGACAACCACAACUACAACUACAACAACAACAACAACUACAACUUCAACAACGUCCACGACUACAACUUCAACAACAUCUACGAGCACUACAACGUGAGUUAUCGGUGUUGUUUAUCUGGAGAAAGAACAGACAUCCCUCCAAUUUCCCCUGA